GUAAAGGUAGACAUCGUUUGAACAAAAUCAAAACAAAGAUCUCAGGUAGCUAUUUUUUUUUUCAUGAGCGAAACUUCCGAGGUCUCGAUCUUCAGCUCUCCUGACUUCGUCGAACAAGGAAGUGAUUAUUUCUAGAAACAUAUUCCAAGUCCCUGGAGCGAAGGUAACGUUAUUUUGAUAGGAUGCGGUACACCUCAUGUAUUCGGACUGCCUUCGUCAUGCUGAUUGGGUUCUGGAUGGGCGAGGCUCAAGAAUGUGGUCGGCCACAACUGCUGAACAGGAUAGUCGGAGGCUCCGCUGCGUCAGAAGGCGCGUGGCCUUGGCAGGUGGAUAUUCAGACUGACAGUCAAGGACAUGUGUGUGGAGGAACUAUCAUCUCAGAGAACUGGGUCCUGUCUGCUGCACAUUGCUUUCCCAAUCCUAAUGACAUCUCCUCUUACAUGGUUUACGUGGGCCGGCAGCAGCUGAACGGCUGGAACCCAGACGAGACCAGCCAUAGGGUCUGCCGUGUGGUGGUUCCUCUGGGUUACACAGACCCUCAGCUGGGUCAGGAUAUUGCUUUAGUGGAGCUGGCCACAGCUGUCGGGUGGUCUGAGCGCAUUCAGCCUAUCUGCCUGCCAUAUGCCAAUGUGGAGUUCAGCAGCGACAUGAGGUGCAUGAUCAGUGGAUGGGGUGACAUCAGAGAUGGAGUUGCUCUGCAGGGCGUUGGGGCGUUGCAGGAAGUCCAAGUGCCAAUCAUUGACUCAAAGACUUGUCAGGAUAUGUUUCUGAUAAACCCCACAGAGAACAUUGACAUCGGCCAUGACAUGAUGUGCGCUGGAUUCCAACAAGGAGGCAAAGACUCCUGCCAGGGCGACUCCGGCGGCCCUCUGGUGUGUCAGAUCAGUGACGGAAGUUGGGUGCAAGCUGGAAUUGUGAGCUUCGGUCUCGGCUGUGCUAAACCAAACCGACCAGGAGUCUAUGCCAAAGUAUCCAGCUUCACUAACUUCAUCCAGAACCAUGUUGGAGGAGUCCAGCUCAAGAGCGCAUCGGGUCACAUCUGGGCUGACCGGGUCAUGGUGCUCAUCAGGACUCUGGUGCUACUGGUAUUAGUGCAGCUGCUGAGAUAAACACACACUGAUCCUCGCACAAGCCAAAAACCUCCUGCCCCAAAACACCGUCCUACAUAAAAAGAGAUUUUAAUGCCAUAAGUAGUUUUUUAAUCAGUUUUUAAACAACUUUAUAUUAUGUAGUUUCCUAUUUGGUUUGUACCAAAAAUACACACCGAAUGAUUUGAAAUGAAAGAUAAAAGUAUGUCUUUUACCACUUGAUU